UGAAAUGCCUAGAGCAAAGGCAGAAAACGUUCGUAAAUUUGCAAAAAGACCUAAGCGCAUGAGUACUGUCCAAAAUGGCGCUGGCAAUAGUGACUCUUUGCCUUCUGAUGAUGAAAUUGAUGAAGUUCCAAAGUCUCCAGUUGUUUCUGAUAGUGGUUCGAAACGAAGUGGGAUAGAUAUGGAAAAUGAGUCAGUAUAUACUGCGGAUUUUAGUGGUGGGAUGUCAAAGUUAUUGGAAAGAUUUAGCACUGAUCUCAAUAAAACGAUGCUAGCCAAACGAAAAAAGUUGGAGCAGUUUACUCAGGAAUCUACGCGAUCUACCACAAAGAAGGUACUGGAGACUAACAAAACUCAGUCUGCUGAAAGAAAGAAGCUCCUCGAACAUUUUCAGAAUCAGUUUUGUGUUAUUGUUCAACAAGGUGAAGCAGAAAUGGAAAAACUGAAAGAAGCAGAAGAUAAACUACAAAAAGUACUCCUCCAGCAACAGAAGCAUCAGCAACAGAUAAGAAUAUCUCACGCCCAGCGAAUAAAAGCUCUAAAAAAUCUAAAUGAUGAGUUUUGCAAGGGUAUGACUGAAUUAGAAGAAAGUCAUAUUGAACAGUAUUCUCUUGUUCAUAGUGAAUUACGGAAGGAAAUGGCCCUUCUCCAGAAGAAAAUUUUGAUGGAUAUUCAGCAGCAAGAAAUGAUUAAUGUUCGCAAACACCUCAAACAACUGCUUCCAUGAACUUUGAUCAUGCUUUGUUUAGAUGUCUAUAAAAUAAAUUAAGUGGUGUAAAAUAUAUAGUUUCUGAAUACUAUUAUUUGGUGUAUUUUAAUAACGUAUUUCAUAUAUAAUAUUAAAUGUCUGUGUGGAACGUUAAAUAAAAUUUUGAGCUUCUGAAUACA